UAUGCCUCAAGCUUGGUCUUUCAAGUCAUCGCCUUUCAAAUAGGAAGUUUCCCCUUUCAGAAACUCCGUUCUCAUCGGAAAAUCAUCAUUUAGGAUUUCAGGUUGGCAAUUUGGGAAAAACUAUCAUGGGCUAUGCACAACUGGUUAUUGGUCCUGCAGGCAGUGGAAAGUCAACCUACUGCUCUAGCCUGUUCCAGCAUUGUGAAACCCUUGGACGGUCAAUACAUAUUGUGAACCUAGAUCCAGCUGCAGAAAAUUUCAACUAUCCAGUAGCCAUGGAUAUACGAGAGCUCAUUAAUUUGGAUGAUGUUAUGGAGGAGCUUGGAUUGGGUCCAAAUGGGGGCCUUAUAUACUGCAUGGAACAUCUUGAAGAUAAUCUUGAUGAUUGGCUGAAUGAAGAAUUGGACAAUUACUUGGAUGAUGACUAUCUGGUGUUUGAUUGCCCAGGUCAAAUUGAACUUUUCCAUGUGCCUGUGCUCCGCAACUUUGUGGAGCACUUGAAGCGUAAGAACUUUAAUGUGUGUGCUGUAUACUUGCUUGAUUCCCAGUUUGUCACAGAUGUUACUAAGUACAUAAGUGGAUGCAUGGCAUCACUUUCUGCAAUGGUCCAGCUUGAAUUGCCUCAUAUUAAUAUCCUCUCCAAAAUGGACCUCGUAACAAACAAGAGGGAGGUUGAAAAGUACUUGGAUCCAGAACCGCAUCAUCUACUUUCAGAGUUGAAUGAGCGGAUGGCUCCUCGGUUUAAAAAGCUUAACAAAUCUUUGAUUGAACUGGUGGAUGAAUAUAGCAUGGUCAGCUUUAUUCCCCUUGACUUGAGGAAGGAAAGCAGCAUACAAUAUAUAUUGGCGCAAAUUGACAACUGCAUUCAAUAUGGUGAAGAUGCUGAUGUGAAGAUAAGAGAUUUCGAUGAAAAUAACGAUGACGAGUAGGCCUGUUGGUGCCGUGGAAAAAGCACUAUCCUUCCUGUGUAGAUAACUAUGAAAAACGAUGGUGAAGAAUGUUUUAGCACAACUGAAGUGAGAACCGAUUGAAAACUGGAAUUUGGAAAGACGAAGCAUUGAACUAUUAUUUUGGUGUCAUGACUGCAUCA